AUGCUGGAAACAGUUUCUAGUUCGCAGACAAAGGAAUCUUCGGGCAUGGCAACUGUCCAUCACUGGAGUCCUCCUCCUUCGCCCUAUUUGAAGAUUAACUCUGAUGCUGCAGUUUCGGUGGCGAAGAAUUUAUCGGUCUUGAGUGCAGUUUGUAGGAACUCGACAGGUGAAGUAGUCAGAUGGGGGGUGUCGUUUCUGCACGGUUGUAUUAAUGCAGAACAGGCGGAGGCUAGAGCUGUCCAUUUUGGGCUGCAAAUUGCAAAGGAUUUACGUGUUGCUGGUUUGAUCUGCGAAAUGGAUGUGCUUAAUGUAGCAAAUCGUCUUCGGAACCCUUGUGCAGCUGAUGACUAUUUGCAGUUAUUGAUUGAUGACUGUUUAGCCGAUAGUGUGGGAAUGGAUGUUCGGUUCCAGUUUGUUAAACAUGAUUGUAACCAUGUGGCUCAUAGUUUAGCCAAAUGGGGUAUUUUUUUUGGUAGAAGUUGCGUUUCUGACGGAAAUGUUCCUUUUCCGGUUAAUGAGCUUGUAACCCUUUUAGUUCAUUAA